UGAUGACGCACAAGACACGCGUUUGCAGCUCUUUUGUGUUUAUUCCGAAAAUCCACAAUCCACUUUCAAUGUGUCAUGUGUUUUUGUCUGUCUAUAGAUUAUAAAGCAAUGCGUUUGAUCAACCUAGUAAUUCCUAUCGAUGCGAACCGAGAGAACUCUUAGCCAAAUGCAAAGGACAGCGCAAAUAUGAACAAAGGGUGGCUUGAACUCGAAAGUGAUCCGGGGCUGUUCACACUUUUGGUGGAAGAUUUUGGUGUGAAAGGAGUUCAAGUAGAGGAGAUAUACGACCUUCAAAGCAAGUGUCCAAGCCCCGUGUAUGGCUUCAUCUUCCUGUUCAAGUGGAUUGAGGAACGCAGGUCCCGGAGGAAGGUGUCCACCCUUGUGGACGAGACCUCGGUUAUUGACGAUGACAUCGUCAACGACAUGUUCUUUGCCCACCAGCUCAUCCCCAACUCCUGCGCUACCCAUGCUCUACUGAGCGUGCUCCUGAACUGCAGUGGGGUGGAACUGGGCACCACCCUGAGCCGCAUGAAGGCUUUUACCCAGGGCUUCAGUCCUGAGAGUAAAGGUUAUGCUAUUGGCAAUGCACCAGAAUUGGCCAAGGCACACAACAGCCACGCACGACCGGAGCCCAGGCACCUGCCUGAGAAGCAAAAUGGGAUCAGUGCUGUGAGGACCAUGGAGGCCUUCCACUUCGUCAGCUACGUGCCAAUCAAAGACCGGCUGUUUGAGCUGGACGGACUCAAAACAUACCCUAUAGACCACGGGCCCUGGGGAGAAGAGGAGGAAUGGACAGACAAGGCUCGGCGGGUCAUCAUGGAGCGGAUCGGACUGGCUACGGCCGGAGAGCCAUACCAUGACAUCCGCUUCAACCUGAUGGCGGUGGUUCCAGACCGGAGGGUGAAGUAUGAGUCCAAGCUGGAGAUCCUGAAGAGGAACCGGCAGACUGUUCUGGAGGGACUCCAACAGCUGAUCCGACUCACACAGCCUGAGCUGGUUCAGGACAAGAAGCCACAGGACUCCUCCCCCUUGGGGGACACGCCCACCAUCAAGAAGGAGGUGGAGCCUGAGCCUGUCACCUCAGAACAGACUCAUUCAGGCCCAGGAGAAGGGCAGGUGGCCCAGGCCCCGCCCCAGGCCCCGCCCCAGGCCCCGGCCCCGCCCCAGGCCCUGCGCAGCUCCUCUGGCCGGGCCCGAGCCGCAGGGAAGAUUCCCGGACCUCCAGCAGGUCCCCCCGCCAGCAGCCCCCACCCCCUUGUCCAGCGCCUCCCUGCCUUCCUGGACAACCACAACUACGCCAAGUCCCCCAUGCAGGAGGAGGAGGACCUGGCUGCAGGGCGCUCCCGGGGGGUGGGGCCUCGGGGGGCGGGGCCUCCACAGCCCUCGUACUCGGACGAGGAGGACGACUACGAGGAGGAAGAGGAGGAGGAGGUGGCGGGUGCAGCUGCCAUGCCCAGCAGGUUCCGGCGCAAGGCUGGCCUGCGUCCGCGGCCUGGGGGGGGCCAAUCGGGGGGCCCGCUGGCCCUGAAUGUCCUGACGGAGAAGUUGAAGAAGGAGGUGCAACUGCAGGAUGCCAUGACCACGCCUCUCUCAGUCCGCACCGAGGGCCGCAGCGGCGGGCUCAGCAUCACUGCAGCAUCGCAGCCCUCGCCUACACCCAGCAACGAGAGCACCGACACCGCUUCUGAGAUCGGCAGCGCCUUCAACUCCCCGCUGCGGUCCCCGGCUCGCUCGCAGGCUGCCACGCGACCCUCCAGCCCUGUGGCGUCCCACCUGACCCGCGUGCUGUUUGGGGAGGACGAGGGCCAGCGGCUGGAUGCCCGGCACCACCGCGCCGUGCGAGAGCUGGGCCCCUCCGUCUGCACCGCCCUGCUGCACCUGCAGGAGAACGGAGUACUCUAUGCCCUGCCUCCACCUGCAGGGAUGUCAUCAGACGAGCCCAAGGCAGCCCCUCCCCCAGAGAAGAGGGAGCAGGAGGGAGGCCCCGGAGCGGGGGAGGGAGGGGGAGGGGAGGGAGGAGGAGGGCAGGGGGAGGUGAAGGAGGAGGACAGCAAAGAGGGGGUGAAGGUCAAACCCUGCAAGGUUGUCUCCAUGGAAACCACAGGAAGCAGCAAACCUUCUGGGGAGAAAUACAAUCCUAAAGAGCUGCUGGCCCUGCUGCGCUGUGUGGAGGCCGACAUCGCCAGCUACGAAGUCUUCCUGAAGGAGGAGGUGGAGAAGAGGAAAAAAUACAAAAUUGAUGACCAGAGGAGAACACACAAUUAUGAUGAGUUCAUCUGCACCUUCAUAUCCAUGCUGGCCCAGGAAGGUAUGCUGGCCAGCCUGGUGGAGCAGAACAUCUCUGUGCGGCGACGUCAGGGAGUCAGCAUCGGCCGACUGCACAAACAGAGGAAGCCAGACCGCAGGAAGCGCUCGCGACCCUACAAGGCCAAGCGCCAGUGACCAAUCACAGCCCUCCGUACUGUUGGGGCUACUCAUGCGUUAGGUAGAGAACUAAGCUCUCUGAAGAUACAGGACGCGGCUUCUCUAGGAUCAUGUGUACCGUUUCUAUCAUGUUGGUCUCCUUGGAAACAUCCGGUUCUCCUGUGCCAUGAUGAUCUGGAGGUUUGGGAGGAUCUCUCCUUCGCCCUGCUUCAGGGACGUUUGCUCCUUUAUGAAUGUCUUAAGUAACAACUCUCAAUGGUGAGAUGUCAUUCAGAUUAGACGUAUUUAAAGGACAGGAUCCGUUGGCUCAGAACCUGUGUUGAGAGCUUUGUCAGAAAGGAUGAAUUUUGUGGUUUUGUAUAUAUGAACUUGUUGGUGUUAUCUCUGCAUUGUAACUCUUGUACCAUGGCCGCACAGUGGUUCUCUUCAAACCACGUCACGUAUAAUUCCAAUAAAGUCCACUUCUGCACUGCUGACUUAAUAUCUCAACAUCA